AACGAUGUGAAAGUGCUGCUUUUCUCUGCCACGCCUCUUUCGUGAACUCUCUCUUGUGUGUGAAAAGGGCUUUGAUAUCCCAGCAGAAAGCAGAAGUGUUUCCCCCUUUGGCAGAAAACAGAAAAUGCUCGGAUUUAUGUACUAUUUUGGCCGCAUUGGCAAAGAAGAGACGGAGCUUUUACUGGAGAAACACGGUGUAGAUGGAAGCUUUCUCCUCAGAGACAGCCAGAGCGUGCGAGGAGCUUAUUGCCUUUGCGUGAGGAAAGCUCCAUUUGUCCACACUUACAGGAUUGAGACUUCUUCUAAAGGUUGGGCCGUUGAGACUAUCAACAGAGAGAAGCCACAGUGGUUUAAGUCCCUUGAUAAGCUCAUUGAGUGCUACAGAAAUCGCACACCUCAAAAUAUGGUUCCCCUUCUGUACCCUCUAGAGAAAACACACCUGAUUAAGGAGGAGAGAAGGAACACAGAACAACUGGUCUACUUGGAGAUAUGAGGAGCUAACAUAAUCCACGGAGACCCUCAGAGACCCUCAGUGUGUGUACAAAACAUUCAAAGCAUCACAUUUUCCUCACACAUUGUUUUUGUUCCAUUAUUUAAACAAAUAAUUGAGCGAAUUGUUGUCUUUAAUCAAUUCAUUAAUUUUGGCUUAACUGUUUAGUCUAGCUGUUUAGUAUUAAUUAAGUUUACUCCAAGAUUACUUACUCCAAUGAGUUGUGUUUGCUGACCGAAGCUUCUAUGAAAACAUUCCACAAGAUGGCAGCAAGGCUCUUAAAAUAAAUGUUUUUUUUUUUUAUGUGUUUAUUAAAUUACCUAUAAUGAUCCUGGAUCUGCACUGAAAUUCAAAUAGUUGAGUAUAGUAUAUAUAUUAUAAUAUAUUAUAUAAUAUAGAGUGGUAGUAUUGUAAAAAAAAAAAAAAGUUUUAUUUGGGAAAAAAAGUUAUAUCAUUACAAUAACUCAGUGUACAGUACAGUGAAAAUUAGCUCAGAUUGUGUAGCAUGUGUCGCACAAUUAUGCUUUGAAGCUCAUGUCUUUGUUCUUGACAUAUAAUCACAAAAAUAUACCUUGAGGUAACAAAACAAUUUCAGAUGCAAUGCCAAAAAGUGAGGAAUUUCCCUCCUGUCCUUGUAGGAAUGUGUUGGGAAAUGUGUAGAGCACAGCCACUAUAAGAGGACAGAUGAAGACGAUGUGUGAUAAGUAGUUCAUGUUAAGGGAAUGAACAGGAAAGCAGAAUGAGGUGCUUUAGGCCUCAUCUAUAUGUUUUCAGAUAUUUCUUAAAAAAGAGAUUCCCCUUGAAAUUUCCUUAAAAAUAUAUUGAUAAUAUAUAUAUAUACAAUAUCCAAAAAAAGUGAGGGCACUUUUCACAUUUCCUCGAAUAUUUGAUUAUAUACAGGUUGUAUAGCAGUGUCCUUUGAAAAUAACUUAACACACAGCCAUUAAUAUCCAAAUAGCUGGCAACACAAGUACACCCCCCAAGGGGAACAUUUCCAAAUUGUGCCCAAUUUUGUAACUGUCCAUUUCUGGUGUCGUCUGACUUGUUAGAGUCACAAGGCUUCUGUUGUGAAUGGAGAGCACAGCUGUUAAUUUUGGUGUUUUAGGUACAAUUCUCUCAUACUGGCCACUGGAUAUUCAACAUGGCACUUCAUGGCAAAGAACUCUCUGAAAAUUUAAGAAAUAUAAUUGUUGUUCUUCAAAAAAGAUGGCCUAGGCUAUAGGAAGGUUGUUAACAUCAUUUUUUAAGUAUGAAGACUUUGGAAGGUCAGUAUGCAGUGCUCAGACCAUAGGACACACAAUGCAUCAACUUGUUCUGCAAGGCCGUCAUUCUAGAAGGCUGCCUCAUCUGAAGCUGAUGCACAAGAAAGCCUGCAAACAGUUUGCUGAAGACUAGAAGUUCAACAGAUACUGGAUCAUGGAUUACUGAAACCAUGUCCUGUGGUCUGAUGAGGCCAAGAUAACCCUGUUUUGCUCAGAUGGUGCCGGUUGAAGAACAAUAUUAAAAAUAAUGACACUUUGGGCAUUAAUGGCUGUGGGUUGAGUUAUGGGACUGUAAACCUAUACUGCUAUACAAGCUUUACACUGACUACUCAAAAGUUAUAUACACAUUUAAUUUCUAUAAUGUUCUAUAAUGUUCAAUGAAGAAGAACAAAAACACAUGGGUUUAAUCCCAAAUUAAACACUACUCCCUGUGUAGUACUCUGUGCAUGUAUGGCUGUGCAGUAUAUUGUAAAUAUUAAUGUAUGCAAACCAUUUUAUACAAUAUAAAAAUAUAGCCAUAUCCUAACAUCGCUCCUGCUGUGCCAGUUACCUUCUAAGUGUGAUUUCCUUCCCAAAAAAAUGUGUGUGAAUUAUGUUGUACAAACUUUGUAAUUAAAGAAACAUCAUAACAAACGUUUUAA